CCGGACCGCCAAGUUCAGCCUGGCAGCUCACCUGCUCUGCUGGGCUCUGCUCAGGUGGUACCAGAAACUCAGAUGUCAGUCUGCGACUCUUCAGCCCCACGAUGCCAUCGAAGAAUCCCCCAACCCCUGUGAAGGAUUAAGCUUAGAGGUGGGGGAUUUUGGUGCUAACUCCUUGGAGUGGGGCAAAGGAAACACAGGAGGGGGCGACACAUCGGAUCAGCAUUUUGACUUGUGGCACGGUGACACCCUCUCCACUUUGAGUCCGGACAGAGAAGACUCUCUGGACGCUCUGCUGGAGCUGCAGGACGCCUACAACGUUGGUCGGCGAGCAACAAGGGGCAGCUUGUACGCUGGGCACACCGAAGCCCGACGGAGAGAGUCGGUGUCAGCAAAGGACAGGGAAGCGACAGAGACUCAUGCUGGGCGGUCCAGCUGUAGCAGGAGGAAAAGCCCAGAAAACCACGUGGACCCUAACAUUUCCUUAAAGCUCAGCACUGGAGACCUGUGCUCAGUUGAGAUCCGACCCCAUCCAAGUACAGACAGAACAAAACCAGACUUAUACCAACAGCAGUCCGAUUCAUUCGCUGUUUGCUCAGAGACUCAAGUCAAGUGCAGCCCAGAGCCAUACAGUUUAUGCAUACAAAGCCAACACAACACAAACACUCUAUCAGACACUCAAGGACUAAAGGUACACGUGAAGCUUGAAGAAAGCAACGGACUGAAUGGAGCUACAGACCCAGAAACAUGCACGGUACUUAUAGAUGUCAAAGGGGACAAGGUUGUGGAGACACGGCAACAGCGAAGCACUCGUAAACACAAGACAUGGCCCCAAACACGAAACGCAGACAUAGAAAAUGUAGAAAUCUGUAACGUUCAGGAUGUAGAAGUGCAGAAUCUUGAGCUGCUCAAAACUCACCCCGGAGAGAAACAUACAGUUUUAAAUAGACGCAAUAGUUUCUGUAGCAAUGAGCAUCACAGACAGAGAGAAAACUUAGCCAGAAUCAAUAAAGAGAGCAAAAUACAAGCUCUAAAAGUGCACAGUGAAGACAAAAGGGACUUGUGUGAAAGUGUGGGAACAUAUUAUAUUAGUACACAUCACAAAAUAGGGAGUAGUUGUAACGAGGACACGUGUAGAGCUGUUAGCAAUUUCACUGAUGCACAAAAAUAUGACAACAUUUUUACACCAGCACACUCUGAAUCUGAGGCAAAACACACAGACUCUCAGUUAGUUACAGAAAUUACUGCAAGUUCAAGCAUCACAGAAGCACGUGGCUUAAAGACCAGUUGUGCAUCUCAGAGCGCAAAGUCAGAGCUGAGAGACACAGUCAAUAAACCAACCAAUGUGCUGGCACACCAGGUAGAUAUUUGCUGUGCUCAAGCCCUGCAUCAAGAGAGCCCCAAUAGGUCAGGGAUCCACCCUCAGGUUUGUACUGCUGGAACAAAGCCCCAGGAUGAGGCAUGGGUGUCCGAUGUCUGCCUCCAGCGGGAGCCGUUUGGGUGUGUUGGCACUACAACAGAGGGAGCUAAACCACCUGGGACAGUGAAUGAAAUCUGCUCCUCCAUCACGUUUUCCACUGAGACCACAGCCUGUUUUCCACUGGAUACCUGUGCUACUGAGCUGACUGUGUCUCCAAAGGGUUUUAAACAAACCUCGCCUGUCCUGCGGUCAGACUCUGAGAACGAGGAGCUCACUGAGAGGAAACCAGAUCAAAAGCAACCUCUGAAAAAAUCACAAGCAUGGACCCAGGAUUCAGUCCCUAAUCACUUGGACCAGGGGGGUACUACGAUAGAUAAACCCACUAAUAGGCAGUUCCUUUCUGUGGAUGAGCUUUUGGAAAGGGUAGAGUCUGGUUCUGUAGAACUCGGGCUUAGAUCAACUGAAUUCCACUCUGACACACUUAAGGGGCCCAACGAAUGUCUUCCUCGUGACUCGUUUUCGGAUAAGCUGCUGUUUUUAUCUGGUGACCGAGAAAUAGAGGAUUCCUCCACUCUGUUAUCAGAUAACUUUAGAGAAGAGAAGCGGAGGGUGGGAUUGCCCUGCUCUCUUGUUCGACAUAACAAGGGAUGGGAAUGGGAGGGUAGUCUGGUUUACCUUGACCGGGACCACAUCGUGGAAGCAGUGAGUAACAACAAACUUGGCGUAACAGAGCGCUCUGAGAAAAAUGAACUAAGGUUUUGCAAAAGUGAAUUGCACAUUGCAAGUGGUCCUGGUGCCUAUUUUACUCAGUCUCUGCCUGUUAAGAAAGAAAAAACAUCAACAAAUCCUUCUGCUACUAAGCCGAUUGAAGACAAUUGCGUAGAACACCAGCAAAACCUUACCAACGUACAAACCUCUGUCGGCUCAACUUCUGGUAAUUGUAAGAAGGAUCAAGUGGGUGUGAGGAUACCUGAACCUCCUUGUGGCCUAAAAUCCUCUCUGCUGUCAGACUCCAAUAAUAACACCAAGGCCACCAUAAAAAGGGUGCCGAGAGGGGAGAGUGGUGGCUGUUUCUCAGAGGGUGCCCAGAACAACUGCAAAAGUAAUAGGAAACUAAUUUGCCCCUUGGUUGAACCAUUGAAAGGUGUGACCCUAGACCUUUUGGAAUAUGUAGACAAGCCCCAGGAAGAUUCUGACAUCUCCCUGUCUUCUUGUAACCACAGACCCAACUGUGAAAGCAAGGGCUUUGAAUCUGGGCUGGGAAACGAUCUUGAUAGCCAGUGUAUAUUAGGUGUGUGCCAUGAAGAUGACCUGGAAAAACUAAAGAUAGAGAAGAGAAUAAAGGCUAACAUUGCUGCAGAAAGUCUAGACUGUUAUAACUCAGAACAAAUUGGAGGCUUUAAAUCCUUAGUGUCAAGUUCACAAUCGGUCAGUGAAUUUGAAAAAGAAAAACACUAUUUUAGCCAAUCAGGAGAUCAUAGCUUACCCAGCAAGAGAGACAUCUCAUCCAAACCAUUGGAGGACGUUACAGUUGAAUACAGACAGGACACACAGGUCAGCUUGCAAGCUCAACAGCAGGAAACAAAGGUAACAAGAUUCUCACAUCCUGAUGCCUGCCUCAACCUACUUGUUGGUAGUGGUUUAGAUGCAGUUCUGGAGGCUGAACAAUCAAUGGAAAACUGUGGCUCAACAGAGUAUAAUGUAGAAACAGAAAGAAAGAAAGAAGGUGAAACCAUGAGGUUUGCUGAAGAAGUUCAGGAUAUUGUUGACCUUUCAGGGGAUAUGUCCAAUCCUAGGCUUGCACCCCAACAGACUGAACAAAAAGGAGAAUCUUUAACUUCUCCUGAGUUAGACCCUGAGGGGAACCCAGUAGCACAUACCCUAUGCAGUAGUAGUGAAAAGUGCUGGAGACCUGCCUAUGAUGCAGUGUCUUACACGUCAACCAGCAGCACCUGUGAUGAGUUGGAGGAUCCUGCUGUUUCAGGCAGAAAUGGGAAUUUUGACAAAGUGUCCAAGACAACAAAAUCAAAAGGCAGUCAGAUAGGACAUAAGACCUCUAAGUUUUCUAUGUUUGCUAAAAUGCCUUCUUUUAAAAAGACAAAAAGCUCAAAGGGGUCCACAAGUGAGGAGGUAACUUCAUCAGAUAGAGGCGACGAGGACUUUCUGUCUGAGCAAGGGGCACAGAGUGUCACUUCAGAUGGGGAAGUUUUCAUCAAGAGUGACAUCAUUAAGCAAACAGCCCACCAGGAAUUUUCCUCAGUGCAUUAUGAGAUAGAAGAAGAAGACCUUGACUUCCUGCCCUCUACUCCCCACACUGGCCAUCUCCAUCACCUAGUCCACCAAGGAAGUGGUUGGGAUGAUAAUGGAGGACUCAGCCCGGACAACCCCUUUCUUGGAAAUGUCCAUUCAUCUACUGGGCAGAGCAACAAGAGGACCAAGAGCAUCGACAGUUUAAACAUCCGCAUGCGUUUUGCACAAGCACACAAGUCCCUUUCCAGUCUGUUUGAGUCCCGUUGGAUGGACAAGGGAAAUGAAGAGCCAGCCACUGUGAGCACUGAUCUGGAUUCGGGUAAAGCCAAACAGUCGUGGAGAAAGCUCAGAAAGACCAAGGAGGCGGAGCUGCUGAAACGAGCUUUUUCACUGCCAGAUGGGGAAAGCGGCACAACAACGUUUGAGCAGGAGCAUCAUCAAGACUUUUUGUCCUCUCCACCCUUGGACCGGCUCAGCAACCCAGGAUCACCAUCCCCCCUCAGAACCCUUCGCCACACUGAUCCCAUCUCUAAGCGGGCAGUUCCACAAAGGCAUGGAAAGGAAAACUCCAGUGGAUGUAAAUCUGAGGGGCAGACAAGAAAAUGUUCACCCAAUAGUUUACCUGCACCAACAUGCAUGUCUGAUCAACCUCCCUUUUCAAAUGUUUCCGCUGUCCCUGUUUCACCUUUGAGCCCCCACCCCCUAACAACAGUUGAUAAUCAGCAUGUGCUGUCCUGGACGAGGUCCCGCCCAGUGGCCAGUGGCCACCUGACUGAGAACCCCCUAAGACCAAUAAGCCCUAAACCAAACAGCCCUAGACCAGCAGCCCUGCACAAAAGUUUUUGCUACCCUCAUUCACCAAGGCCCACUUCUGUCUCUCCCAUCAUUCUGGGUCAGUCAGUCAGCGUGGAAGGAUUGACAGAACCCCCAGGAAGACCUAAGUCCCUAAAACCUACAGCUAGCCCGCUUGGUCUCAGUCUUAGCCCUCUGGAUGCAGCCGAGGGCAGAAUAGACAGCAUGUCACACAUCAGCCUGUAUACCAUCGGUUCCAUCAAUGAACUGGAGAAGGCCACACGAAACAGCCGGCGAGCCGCGAGCCGGUCCAGAGCAAGGAGGCUGCUGGAGGCCAUGGAUGAGGGGAAGGCCUCUGUGGUUUAUGGUGGGCUGAGGACUGGCUGCUGGGUGGAUGUGAGCCGUGAUGGAGGUGGCCAGGAGCAAAGGCCAAAGUGUUCAGAUGAUUUCUGGGUUGAAGAGGAAAAGAAAUACAAACACAAACUGGCCAGAGCCAUCAGGGGGAGUGUGGGCCAACUCGACACACUGUUAUCUGAAGACCUGGGAAAAACAGAUGUCACCUUGGGAACCACUGAGACCUUCCAGGGAAUGCCCCUGAAGGCCCACUGCUUCUCCCAGAGCACCCCCGUCGGUCUCGACUGCCUGGGCUGGAAAAGAAGCGUCUCCCUGUCAUCGGUGGUGGUUCCUGACGGGCCGUCGGAGAGGGCCGGGCUGGGCGACGAGCUCGGCAGCGAAGAGGAUCUUCUGUAUGAAGAGUUUCGCAGUUCUGGACAUCGUUUCGGACACCCAGGAGGAGGUGGAGGAGAGCAGCUCGCCAUCAACGAGCUGAUCAGCGAUGGCAGCGUGGUGUACGCCGAAGCCCUCUGGGACCAUGUCACCAUGGACGACCAGGAGCUGGGCUUCAAGGCCGGCGAUGUCAUUGAAGUAGUGGAUGCCACCAACAAGGAGUGGUGGUGGGGCCGCAUAAUGGACAGCGAGGGCUGGUUCCCUGCCAGCUUUGUACGGUUGCGUGUGAACCAGGAUGAGCCCAUCGAGGAGUAUCUGGCCCACCCGGAGGAGGCCCAGACAGGAGAGGAGGACCGGGCGAGUCUGGGCCUGUUGUUGGGACCCGGUUUACCCUGCAAAGAGCAGAUGAGAACCAAUGUCAUCAACGAGAUCAUGAGCACAGAGAGAGACUACAUCAAACACCUGAAAGACAUCUGUGAGGGUUACAUCAAACAGUGCCGCAAGAGGACAGACAUGUUCAACGAGGAGCAGCUUCGCACCAUCUUUGGCAACAUUGAAGACAUCUACCGGUUUCAGAGAAAGUUCCUGAAAGGCCUGGAGAAGAGGUUCAACAAGGAGCAGCCGCACCUCAGUGAGAUCGGCUGCUGCUUCCUCGAACAUCAAACAGAUUUCCAGAUUUAUUCCGAGUACUGCAACAACCACCCCAACGCCUGCGUCCAGCUCUCCAAGCUGAUGAAGGUCAACAAGUACGUGUUCUUCUUCGAGGCCUGCCGACUUCUCCAGAAGAUGAUCGACAUUUCUCUGGAUGGCUUCCUGCUCACUCCAGUUCAGAAGAUCUGCAAAUACCCGUUGCAGCUGGCUGAGCUGCUCAAAUACACCAACCCACAGCACAGAGAUUACCAAGAUGUGGAGGCAGCCUUAAAUGCCAUGAAGAACGUGGCAAGACUGAUCAACGAGAGGAAACGACGCCUUGAGAACAUCGACAAGAUCGCCCAGUGGCAGAGCUCCAUAGAGGAUUGGGAGGGUGAGGACGUCCUCAGCAGAAGCUCUGAUCUCAUAUUUUCGGGGGAGUUGACCAAACUGUCCCAGCCUCAGGCGAAGAGUCAGCAGAGAAUGUUCUUCCUCUUUGACCAUCAGAUGAUGUACUGCAAAAAGGACCUCCUGCGUCGGGACAUGCUGUACUACAAGGGCCGGAUGGACAUGGACCACAUGGAGGUGAUCGACAUGGAGGACGGGAAGGAGAAGGACUUUAACAUCACCGUUAAGAAUGCCCUGAAGCUGCGGUCGCUGGCUGGCGAUGAAGUCCACCUCCUGUGUGCCAAGAAGCCCGAGCAGAAACAGCGCUGGCUCCGAGCCUUCGCCGAUGAGAGGAGGCAGGUCCAGCAUGACCGCGAGACAGGUUUCUCUCUCACAGAGGUCCAGAAGAAACAGGCCAUGCUAAAUGCCUGCAAAAGCCAUCAAGCUGGGAAACCCAAAGCGUUGACCAGACCCUACUACGACUUCCUGCUGCGACAGAAACACCCCUCCCUUCCCACCGCUUUGCCACAGCAACAGGUCUUCAUGCUGGCCGAGCCCAAGCGCAAAACCUCCACCUUCUGGCACAACAUUGGCAGACUGACACCUUUCAAGAAGUAGAAAGAAAAUUAAAAAAGGAAAAGAAGAGCUGUGGAGAGAGAGAGAGAGGGAAGAGGAAGAGGAGGAGGAGAAAGAGAAGAGCUCGCUGCUCGUGCCUGAAUAGACCCUUUUGGAAUCUUCUCUUUUCUUUCCUACUUGUACCAUUGCCCAUAUUGAUACGGUGAUUUAUUGUAUAGAUGAAAAUGAUUAUGAUGAUGAUGAUGAUGAGGAGGAGGAGAUUAUUUUUUGAAAGCACUUUAUAGGUUGGUUAACAAUCAGACUUGAGAAUGGUCUCCUGGAGAGUCAAACUGGGAGAGUGGACUCUUGAUUACCUUACUGCUAUUACAUCUCCAAUCGAGCGCCAACUGGUACUAAUACUACUACUGUACUGCUGCAAGCGAGCGUGGGACUCCUGGCUGCGCUGCCUCUGUGAAGACAUUGCCUGUCGACGAAAUCGUGUAGUUUAUUUCCACUGUUCUGUUGUUUUAUUAUUUGACAGAUGCCAACUGUUCAUAGUGCCAGAUGAUUUGUUUUUAUAUUCGUUUGUUCUGUGUGUGCUUAUGGAAAAAAAAAAAAAAGGGAACAUUGGGGGUCAAAUUUCUAGUGCUUUUCUAUGUGUAAAUAUAUAAUUUCAGGAUCAUUUCAGCUUUGAUUUUAAACAUUUUGUGAUCUCCAUCCAGCCCCCGAAUUGGUUCUGUGUUUCUCUGGUGCAUUUACUGUAUUGUGCAAACACUUGACAGACGACAUCGACAGCAGCCCAAAGAAGACUCCACUCAUCUCGCGUUAGGAGCUUUUUAUUCAGAUAGCAGCGACCCACACAUCCCAGCAACACACAUUCCUCGAGUCUGAUCCUCGACUCCUCCUGAUGCCUACCAUGCCAAUGAAAGUAAACAUCCUGCUCUUUGUUUCCUUUCUCUUUUUUCGCGUUCCGUUCCGUUUUGUUUUUUGAAGUGCCAUUUGAAGUGUGUCAUGGACGACUUACAAUGACAUGCAUGGAUGUGAUGAAAACAUACUGUGAAGAAUAUUUUUUAUAUCUGAUGAACCCUGCUAUAUUUAACCAGAAGUGAGGUUUCAUGUGCUACUAGGCUGACACACACACACACACACACACAUACACACACACACACGUGUUAUUUUAUCUACCUGUACUUCUGAUAUCCAGUAUUCCUGCUAUGUGUAUCUGGUUUCCAAUAUAAUCUAAUUUCAGAUUAAUGCAGCCCAGUGAUAUCAAUGAAAUGUACUCCUUUCACCUUUAUGUUGAAAUGUUUUAGCUUCUGACAAUAUUAAACAUUCCUAAGCUGACAAA